GCUUCAUCACCGUCAUGUCAUCCACGUGACGUUGGUGCUACUGUGUGCUGUCAUUCUGUACGUAUUUUAGAAGAAGUUUGUCCUCGCGCUUUAUUUGCAACAAUUCCUCGAUAUUUAUAACAUAUCGACCAUUGUAUAAUUUGUAACGAUACAUUUUUGGAAUAAGAAAACGACAUGAAUUCGAUUAUCGUUCGUCCUUCAAUUUUUCGUAUUUUUAGCCAAAUUCGAUACAUGUCUCAAUUGGGUGACUUAGGUAGCGGUGCCGGAAAAGGAGGUGGUGGCGGAGGUUCAAUUCGGGAAGCAGGUGGUGCGUUCGGAAAACAGGAGGCCGCCAGAGAAGAAGAAUACUUUUACAAAAAGCAACGCGAGCAAUUGGAAAAGUUAAAGGCUGAUCUGACUGAAGAAAUUAGCUUCCAUGAAGAACAAAUUAAGCGGCACCAAGAUGCCAUUUCUCGCCAUAAGAAACGUGUUACAGAUAUUGAGAAGAAGUAAAUUCUUGUUUUUGUUUAAGUGUUAUGUUAAUUAACGAUACAUAUGUAGUAUGCUAAAUAUAUCUAGUUAUCUACA